UAUAAAAUUAAAACCCUACUGUUCUUAUAAUUAAUUCAAACGCCAAUAAGUCAUCAAAAUUCAGCAAUAUUACUAUUGAUAAUAAUACAGUAUAUCAUUCAUAAAAUUACCAAUACAAUGCCAAUUUAUUCUUCUGAUUCAGAUGAUCCACGCCCUUCAUCUUCAGCAUCCAGGAGAAGAUUUUUGGCUCAUAAUAGGCCCAUGCAUGCAAUUCUUGGUGGAGGAAAAGUUGCUGACUUAUUAUUAUGGAGAGACAAGUCAUUAACAGCUGCAAUUUUAAUUGGAUUCACAGUAAUUUGGUCACUUUUUGAAGUUAUGGAGUACAAUUUUGUGACUCUUUUGUGUCACAUCUCCAUGUGCAUGAUGUUAAUUCUCUUCAUUUGGUCUAUGGGAGCUGGACUUGUCGAUUGGAAUCCUCCUGAUUUUCGAGCAAUGAUGAUAUCAGAUUCAACAUUCAGAUGGUUAUGUCGGAAAUUCAACUCUAUGUUAGUGAAAUUCUAUGAGAUUUCAUCCGGAAAAGAUUUCAAAACUUUUUUCCUGGCAAUCGCUUUUCUCUGGAUAUUGUCAAUCAUUGGGAGUUAUUUUAGCUCUCUGAAUUUGUUGUACGUAGGGUUUGUUUGCCUGGCAACAUUACCAGCUUUAUAUGAAAGGUAUCAAAAUGACUUCGAUUAUUUAGUAAGCCAAGGUAACCAAGAUAUGAAGAAACUCUACAAUAAAUUUGAUACUGAAGUUCUCAACAAGAUUCCAAGAGGACCCGUCAAGCAAAAGAAAAAGAUUUGAGUAAACUCUCAAAUUUGGGAAAAAAAGUUCAAGAAAAUUGGCUGUGGAUUGUGUCUGAAUUAUGAACAAUGUAAUUGUAGAUGUUCAUAAUUGUAAAUGUAAAAUACUUCAAGGAUGAAAGAAUUAUGCUGCUAUUGUAAU